GGCGUGGUCUGUACACACAAUCCACUUCUGUUUGCGCGUGAGGGCGGAAGUGCGGUGGUAGUUCACUCAAAGGAGAGCCCUUUUUGGAGGCUUUAAGUUUGCAGCCGUGACAAGAGAGACAGCAGGUUGUUUUGGAACAUGCAGAACGUUAUAAAUUCCGUAAAAGGCACCGCACUGGGAGUGGCUGAGUUUUUGACACCAGUAUUGAAGGAGUCCAAAUUUAAGGAAACUGGAGUUAUUACACCAGAAGAGUUUGUGGCUGCUGGAGAUCACCUGGUCCAUCACUGUCCCACCUGGAAAUGGUCAACAGGAGAAGAGGCAAAAGUAAAACCUUAUUUACCAAAGGACAAGCAAUUCUUACUAACUCGUAAUGUACCCUGCUACAAGCGUUGUAAGCAGAUGGAAUACUCUGAUGAGUUGGAGGCCAUUAUUGAAGAGGAUGACGGAGAUGGAGGCUGGGUGGACACCUACCAUAACAUAGGUGUAUCAGGUAUGACUGACGCAGUGCGAGAAAUCACAUUGGACAAUAAAGACAAUAUCAACAUGAAUGUGCAUGUGGGCGCCAGCAGGAACGAUGAAGAUGAUGAUGACGACGAAGAGGCAGCUGACAUGGAAGAGUACGAGGAAAGUGGCCUUUUGGAAACCGAUGAGGCAACAUUAGACACCAGCAAAGUGCUAGAAGUGAGCAAAUCGAAAGUGGACCCUGGUGGCGAGGAUGUCAUUCUGCAGACACGGACCUAUGACCUCUACAUCACCUACGACAAGUAUUAUCAGACUCCGCGCCUCUGGCUCUUCGGCUACGACGAGGAUCGGCAGCCGCUGACUGUCGACCAAAUGUAUGAAGACAUCAGCCAGGACCACGUGAAGAAGACGGUCACCAUCGAGAACCACCCACACCUGCCCCCUCCAGCCAUGUGUUCCGUACAUCCCUGCAGACACGCAGAAGUGAUGAAGAAGAUCAUCGAGACGGUGGCAGAGGGUGGAGGAGAGCUGGGAGUUCACAUGUAUCUUCUGAUCUUCCUGAAGUUUGUGCAAGCCGUCAUUCCCACCAUAGAGUACGAUUACACCCGACACUUCACCAUGUAAUCUGCACACGGCAAGGCGGGGACCGCGGGGGCCGUGCUGCGGCUCUCCUCGCACCUGUCUCCGCUUCCCCGUUUCUUUCCUGGAUUCACUUUCGGAGCGUUAUGGGUCGUUGGGAUUUUCAAGAACUCCUUGCAUGGGGAUUCAGAUCGUUCCGGAAAUCAAGACCGACGGGUAUAUUUUAUGUUUGUAUUCAGAUCCACAACGAGCAAAUUACACGCAUAUUCUGCAGCUUAAUGUGGUGAAAUGGUCCAUCUGGGCUCUAGUAUGGAAAACUUGUACACCGUCCCCAAUAAGUAGAAUCAUUAAUAGGAAUCUGAGUUCCAGAUUGUGCACAAAAAGCUACCUUCUACUUCAGAACCAUUCUGCCUAAUCUGCCUCAGAAUGUUAGGUGAAUGUUUUUAAAUCCUCUUUCGCUUCAUUCUUUUGAAACCUCUUCAUAAGCACAUGUGAUCUCUCCUCCCUUCCCGUUCUACAGAAUUUAUUGCGUAAAGCUUUCGCUGCGAGCAUAAUAGGUUAAACUUCGUGAAGGUCGUAACAUCUGUGGCUGGGGACGGUGGGUGUCCUUAAAUGUUAUAAUGUGAUUGGGAGCGAUUGGAUGGGUUCUCGAUCCCCCCCAGAGUCACGGAUUUCAUGUACAUUGACAUUGUGCUCCUACCUCCAGUGUCUCUUAACCACCUGUGCUGCUGGUGCUAAACUGCAAUGUGUGUCAACCACCCUAAAUCUCCUGAUAUCAGCACCAUCCUUUUCCAGCAGUCGUUUGGAGCCGUAACUAGCUGCAAUUGUCAUCUAUAGCAAUUAAGAUGUAAAGCUUCGGUUUGGAGUGAGAAUAUGCACUUUUUGUCUAGUAAUUUAAAAAAACAGCCCCUCUUUCAGGAGCUAGCCCAUCAAUUUGAACCUUAAAGCGUGAUUGCUUCCCUCUACGUAAAGCUUACAAAACGCCUUUAGGAUCGUGUCACAAAAUAUGUUACUCGUAUAUUACUCGUAUUCCGGUAUAUGUCACUAAGUCAUGUGUGCCUGUACAUUUUAAGAAGAAAAGUUGUCGAUGUUAUACGUCUAACAAAAAACAACAUGAUAACUGAAUGCGGCGUUUAUAUUACGGUUUUAGACGUGGUGUGUUUGCUUUUUGUGUCCUCCAUGUAAAGCACUUCACGUACAGUGUGAUCUAACACUGCAGUUCGCUGUGGGCCCACGUGCGUUAUGCGUCGGCAGUGGGCAGUAGGAGAGAUGAGUGAUUCUCUGCACGCGAGUAGCCAGGGUAGUAAUUUACAUCGGAUUUUUAUCUCUGUUACCUUACUUAAAAUAUGCAAUUAAGCGAACGAAGUAUUUCUUCAUUUUAAAAUACUUAUACCUUGCCAUUAGACAUUUAAUUGAAAAAAAUACUUGCAUAGUUACGACUGUUAACGGUAACUGAUUAAAAACGAAAAAUUUCUGCAUCCUCACAUUUAUUGUACCAUAUAGCGGCUAAUUAAACAGCUUUUCAGGUGUUUCUAUCAGCUAAGUCGUCUGUAUGUUCGUGUGGAGCUUUAAGGCGAUGUAAAUUAUGCGUCAAAACGUACAAGACGCUUCGUGUGAAGAUUCUUAUUUUGCUCAGUUUCCUAUCGGCUUCAUUUUUCAUUAAAUAACUGGCUUGCAUCAUAAUUCCCGAUGUCCCGAUGCCUUGUCUGUGACUGUUGUUGGGGGGGGGGGGUCUUGAAUGUUUUACUACAUAUAAAUAAAAGUCUCACAAACAGUGUUUCUGUUCAUCAUUGCGGAAAUAGUGAAGUCUGUAAUUGUCGAUUUUCAAAUAAAACUACUGCUGAUGCACAAUUUACAUCUAUAUUACAAGUAAUCUAGUUGGGAUUGGGCGAUGUACUUGUAGAUUUGUUUUACACACAUUUCAUUUUAUGGCAAAGUUUGGCUUAAAUGUUUGUUAUAAAAUGUAUUUGUUCUAAAGGAACGAUAAAAUUGAAAAUAAUUCCUAAAUUUAUUAUUAAUAAUAAGAAUUCCUAUUCUAGGCCUACCCCAUGCCAGGGCGUACUGUCACAAAAACAAUAUGUUGGUUUUAAUUCCAAAUCCAUUAUCUGUAGAGUUAAUUAUAAGCCGUAUACUUACAAGUUUCCAUUUUAAAAAUUAUGUUUAAAAAUCAGACCUGAGCUGUCGAUUAAGUCCAUUGUGAACUGUACAAAUGGCAGAGUUUUAAUUUUGUAUAGAAAGAAUAAAACCCCGGCUCUUUGAAACUAGAAGUGGCAAACCACGUGUACGCGGCUGUUUUAUGCGUUACAUUACUAUUCCGCUUAACUUCUAAUCUUCUGUAACAGGGCUAUUCAAAUCACUGUCCUCGAGCACUGCUGGUUUUCCAGCCUUCCUUUACCUGUGAGCCAGGUGUGAAGCCUCUGACCAAUCAGAAUCAGUAAUUAUUAAACUAACUACCUGGGAGAACUGAAAACAAGGCCUGGAUUUGGAAUCGAGGUCCAGAUUUGAAGAAUCCUGCUCUAUAAUUAUAUCACCCCAACUGAUAAUUCUUCUCUUUAAAAGGUUGCAGAUGGGCUUGUUUCAUAAAUUCCCUCAGAGGGUGUUUUGAAGCUGUAAUAGAUUCAGUUUCAAUAUUUAGUAGACCAUUUACAAAGAAUGCAAUGGAAUGUUCAUUCCUUCUGCUGCACUGAGUACAAAAUUAAUUGAUUAAAUAUUUCAUUUCUGCCUUUGCGGCCUCAAACGUAUUUGAUCCAGUUCUUAUAAUGAUCAUUCGUGAAUUCCGGAACAAUAAUAAUUGCAGGCCAAGUGAACUAAAAUUUGCAUGGAUUACAUGACUUUCAUCAGCAAUGUUAAUAUUUUACUUGUAUUUUAUGUAUCGCUUUUUGUACUUUUGUCUUGCACCAAAACAAAUUCCUUGCACUUUUUGUACUUGGCGAAUAAAACAUUCUGAUAAUGA